AUGCAGGCUGCCAUGGCGGUCCUCGUAUCAGGCGUGGUGGCGCUGCUGGGAGUGACGAGCGCCGUGCUGGGGUUCAUAGCCGAGGCCAAGACUGCCGUGCCAGACGAAACCCACGUCCCUGGUCGCGAGUGCGUGUAUCCGGGCAACCCCGUUCGCACGCUGGCGUCUUGUGCCAUCUUCCUGCUUGUGGUGGCCCUGAUCAUCGCCUCGGCGGCCGGCGGCUGCUGCGGCUGUUGCAAACCACUGGGCGGUGCUUCUUCCAGCUCCACCAGGCGACGACGAGUCGUGGGCGUCGUCGCCUCUGUCCUCUCGUGGGUAGCGGCGGUGAUCGCCGUGGUUUACUUCUGGGCAGGCGCGGCGCUGAACACGCCCAUGACGCGCCGAGCCAAAUUGACGGGCCCCGACGAGGAGUGCUACUUACUCAAGGGGGGUGUCUUCGUCAGGGCGGCCGUGCUUAGCCUCGUCGCCACCUCGCUUGGGAUCAUGUCCUGCGUCUUGCUCCGCCUGCCGGCGGCUACGGACACGCCGCCGGAACAAAGCGACCAUGCGGUCGGGCUGCCGCAGUGGCCCGCUCAAGGGUACCCUGCGCAAGGGUAUGGUCAAGCGUCGGACCCGAAGUUCGCUCCUCCUCCUCCUCCGGUUCAGGAGCACGAGCAAGUGUACGUGUAG